AUGGAAACUGACUACCUGAAGAGGUGCUUCGGAAAUUGCCUGAGCCAGGCACUGGCAGAGGUGGCGAAGGUUCGGCCCAGUGACCCCAUAGAGUACCUGGGUCACUGGCUUUAUCAUUACAGGAAAACCGUUAAAGCAAAAGAAGAGGAGAGCCAACGGGAGAGCCAGUUGAAGGAAGAACAGGGUAAUAGCCUCAAAGAAACCUCAAUGACAGAAAUGCUGAACCAAGAAGAAUGUCAGAUUCAACAGAAGUGUGAAAAGUGUGACAAGCCACUGACACCUAUAGCUAGUUCCACAAAGAAGACCACAUUCAUACAAGAGAACACAAAAUCCCUUGAGAAGGAUGCCUUGAAGCAGGAAUCUCUGCCAGGUACUUCCAAUAUGAUUCCAGGAAUGCCUCAAUAGAGUCCCUCUCCAGAGUAUUCUGGCCAGACUGGCAACUGUGUCAAAACUCCCCAAGAAAUAAAUUCCCAGACUCUUCAGCAUGAAAUUGCUACUCAAAUGCAUCCUGGUUCCAAAUCUCCUUCUUAAGUUAUCAAAAGGUGGAUGAUUUUCAUGAUGCUUGUUGUGGAAGGAGGUGUCUUGCAGGAAUGGACUCUCCAGCUAAAGUUCUG